AUGCAGCUUGAAAAGUCCUCAGAAUGGCAGAACACAACAAAGAUAAAAGAGUUCAUCCUCCUUGGAUUUGGGAACACUGAGAACCUGAACAUUCUUCUCUUCAUAUUAUUCCUGAUCAUUUACACUGUAACUUUAUCUGGGAACCUUCUCAUAAUUACACUGGUUGUGGUGGAGAAGCGUCUCCACACCCCUAUGUAUUUCUUCCUUUCUAAUUUCUCCUGCUUGGAGAUCUGCUACACUUCAGCUAUAUUACCCAAAAUGAUGGCCAGUUUUAUUACAGGAAACAGGGCAAUUUCUUUUUGGGGCUGUAUUUUGCAAAUGCAGUUUUUUCUCACUCUGGCAGCUACUGAAUGUUACCUCUUGGCAGCAAUGUCAUAUGAUCGUUACCUAGCCAUAUGUAGACCCUUGCAUUAUGUCACACUUAUGAACAACAAAACAUGUAUCUUAUUAGUUUCAAUAUCUUGCAUAAACGGAUUGCUUCUUAUCACAAUUUUAACAUCCUUGUUGACACAGCUUACAUUCUGUGAUCGAUACAAAAUUGACCAUUUCUUUUGUGAUUUCACACCCCUGGUAAGACUUUCUUGCAGUGACACUUGGAUGAUUGAAAGGGUUGCUUUGAUAACAUCAUCUCUAGGACUUCUGUCUACAUUCUUCAUAACGGUCUCAUUUUAUGCUUUUAUCAUCCAAGCAAUUCUGAAAAUCCCAUCUGUGAAUGGGAGACAGAAGGCAUUUUCCACUUGCUCUUCCCAUCUCACUGUGGUCUCCAUUUUUUAUGGAUCUUUAAUGUUUGUCUACAUUUUGCCAAACACUGGAAACUUUGAAGAUAUGAAAAAGGCUUUCUCUUUCCUGUAUUCAGUUCUUACCCCCAUAGUCAAUCCCUUCAUUUACAGCCUACGAAAUAAAGACAUAAAAGAAAUCCUUAGAAAAAAAUUCUUCAAGUGUAGGAGAUUUUCUGACUUUUAUUAA